AAGCCACAUAAAGAUAUAGAAAAAACAAAUACAUUUUGCUAAGUGAAAGAAGCCAGUCUGAAAAGGGUACAUAUUGUGAUUUCAACUAUAUGACAUUCUGGAAAAGGCCAAACUAUAAAGACAGUAAAAAGAUCUGUGGUUGUCUUUGCAGACGCUGCCAUCACUGGGAGCCCUGUACUAUCAGCCAUGGUCAACUCCAUCAUGUUUUUUGACAUCACCGUCGAUGGCAAGCCCUUGGGCCACGUCUCCAUCAAACUGUUUGCAGACAAGAUUCCAAAGACAGCAGAAAAGUUUCGUGCUCUGAGCACUGGAGAGAAAGGAUUUUGUUAUAAGGGUUCCUGCUUUCACAGAAUUAUUCCAGGGUUUAUGUGUCAGGGUGGUGACUUCACAAGCCAUAAUGGCACUGGUGGCAAGUCCAUCUAUGGGGAGAAAUUUGAUGAUGAGAACCCCAUCCUAAAGCAUACAGGUUCUGGUAUCUUGUCCAUGGCAAAUGCUGGACCCAACACAAAUCGUUCCCAGUUUUUCAUCUGCACUGCCAAGACUGAGUGGUUGGAUGGCAAGCAUGUGGCCUUUGGCAAGGUGAAAGAACUCACGAAUAUUGUGGAAGCCAUGGAGCACUUUGGGUACAGGAAUAGCAAGGCCAGCAAGAAGAUCACCAUUGCUCACUGUGGACAAUUCUAAUGAGUUUGACUUGUGUUUCAUUUUAACCACCAAACCCAUUCCUUCUGUAGCUCAGGAGAGCACCCCUCCACCACAUUUGCUUGCAAUAUCCUAGAAUCUUUGUGCUCUUGCUGCAGUUCCCUCUGGGUUCCAUGUUUUCCUUGUUCCCUUCCAUGCCUAGCUGGAUUGCAGAGUUGAGUUAAGUUUAUGAUUAUGAAAUAAAAACUAAGUAACAACAACAACAACAACAAAAAUUAAUGGUUGCCAGGGGUUUGGGGAUGGGUAGGGAGAUAAAUAGUUCUGAAACAGGUGAUUUUUAGGAGAUUGAAAAUACUUUGGUAAUAAUGUAAUGAUGGGUACAUGACAUUAUGCAUUUUGCAAAACUCAUAGACCUGUACCACACAAAGAGCGAACCCUAAUAUAAACUGGGGGUGGGAUAAAGGUGAUAGUAUGUGAGAACUCUGUACUUUCUGCUCGAUCUUUCCAUAAAGCUAAAACUGCUCAAAAAAUAAAGUCUAUUAUUUUUUUAAAUGAAAGAAAUUAACAAUGACCAUGGCACGCUCACAUAAAUAGAUUUUUGAGGACAUUUCUCUCUUUGGUCAUCUCACAAGGCAAAACCCUGACUAGCAGAGGUGUUAGCUGAGGGCACAUGGCCAUAGAUGCCAACAGUGACCUGGUGGCCACUUGCAGAAAGGAGAGCCUUGACAUCCAAACACAUUGUUUCUCUUGUGCUGUCUUGUGCAUACUUAUGUAUCUUAACAAGUUUCCUUUUUUCCUCUCUGUUUAUCCCUCUUUUUAAAACAGGGCUUAUUGAGGGUGAUUAACUUAAUUUUUAAAUGAUAUAUGGCAGAAUGUCAAGAGAGUAUAGUGAAGAACUUCGUAGAGGAAUGGACAUAACCCAGAAUUCUUAGACUCAAGAGUACAUGCUGUGGUUGAGAAUUUUUUAUUGUUUCAUUGUUCAAGAGAUUGUAGGUACGUGUUCAAUUAUUAGAGAAACAGUUGCACUCUGUUAGAAGGAAGCUUGGGUCUUUUGUGUUUACUUUCAAAAGGGAAAGUUUAUAUUGAUAUUGAGCAAGUUAAAGCAUGAAUAUUUAUUAUUUGAUGUUUGUUUCUGUGUUUGAGGAAUUCCUCAGCCUAUCAGUUUUGACGAAAACAAGAAACCACCUCCUGCUUUAGAAGCUAAAAUGCCAAAUGCUUGCUUUCUCAGCCUCCUUUGCAGCUAGGGUACAAGCAUAUGACUUAGGUUUUGCCAAUCUGUUUGCCAGUGCUGAAUUUCGACUUCAGAAUUAAUAAAAAAAGAAGCAGAUUCAAUUAUGCUUUCUCUUGUUUCUGGUGGAGGCCAUGUAGCAGCUGCAACAAUAUCUGCUGCAAAGCGAACAAGUGGGAGUGGUGCUGGUGGCUUUGCAGUUAGCCUAAGAUUGAGCCAUUGCUGCAAUUGUUGCUCUCUGCAGCUUCAGUGUUACUUCUUACUGGUGGUGACAGUGGUUUCCUCCCUGGAUGAGUUCUACAGCAUGGUUUGGGGUACAUUUCCUGGCUGCCUAGCUUUGAUCUGGCUUUCUAGCCUUCUCAACAGUUCUACAAGUUCCCCACUAUUUCUGUGAUAAACCUAUUUAUUGCUAAUGUCAUCCAUAAUUGGCUUCUGUGGUUUAUAUUUUUUAAAAUUCCAAGACAUACAAAUGUAACAGAUAGCUCAACAAACAUAUGUCUUUUUAAAUUAAGAUAUAUUCUGUGUCACAUGAAGUACAAUGGACAAAAUGCAACAAAUUGAAUUGAGCUAAAGACCAAAGAUAUAUUAAGCCUGGCUGGUCUUAAAAAUGUAACUGGAUACAGCCAGGCAUGGUGGCUCACGCCUAUAAUCCCAGCACUUUGGGAUCCUGAGGUGGGCAGAU